UGGAAAUCCGUUUUCAACAAAAAUCCGAAUUAAGUUCUUGGGUUGAAAUGUCGUGCUCAAUCACGUUAUUGAUGCCUGGAUCUUAGACGCGAUCCGCCACUUUGCGCCUCCGCUUUUCGAGGGUGCAGGGCAGGUCCAUCCCAUGACUGCCAGAACGUAAUAGUAGGGUAAUAAUAAAGAGCGAAGAGACGGAUCGGAGAGUCUCAACCCAUAUAUUUGAUUUUUCACUGCGAAAAAUUCGCAAUCCAUAAUUGCCUCAUUUUGACUUUGAUGGUAUUUGCCAUCAGAAAUAUUCUUAACAAAGCUCGUAAGACAAAAAAGAAGACAGAGACACAGCCAAUCCUUGGCCUGCCAUCAUACCUUCGCUUGGAACAUUGGACCCCGGAGCCGGCACCAACUUGACCCUGCCAUCAGACCUACCUUGCCUUUGCCUGCCCUACCUUGCCUGACCGCAAUCGCAAUUCGUUUGCGCCUCAUCCCGCCGGGCCUCGUACAAGCACGCCAUCCAGCAAAAAGUGACGACCUCGUCGCCGCUCCCUUUCAACCUGCCUGCACUGUCCUUCGCCAGCUCACAUACCUGGUCCUACAUAGCAUUGCUCUCUUCCCCUGGCCGAUCACGACUUCGUCCCAGCACAGCAUUGAUGCGCUUCCCUAUCUGAGUCAGACUGGCGCUCCUGGCCCUCGUACAACUCUCCUCCUCUGCGCGGCUGAAGCGACCGCCGACCAGUCCUGCCCUCUAAUCUCUGUCCAACAUGGCGUCAAUCCCUCACACCGACCCUAUGGCCCUGCGCCAAUCCAUAGAAGUAUCGUGCGACCGCCGAACAAAGAAUUCCUCCCAUAACCACCAUAUCUUUUCGAAACGCAACGGCGCUCUGGCCAACAGUCAUGCCAUGACUAUCGAAAUGCCGUCAGAUUCGCAGGCAGAUAUGCAAGAUCACACAAUGGACAUGGAUGCUGCGGUGCUUGUCUCAGAGUCUGGAGAGCCUCCCUCUCAUGAUAACUGCAAUCGCCAGCACGAGGGCGACGGAACAGAUCCUACUAUCGCUUUAUCCUCAUCCAGCAAGGUCGCAGGCAUGACGGUCGCCCCGUUUCUAGCCAGGCAUAUACCUGAGCAGUAUGCGCCGAUGGGGUUGGCCUCUACUUCGACGACAACGCAGAAGGAUCCAAAUACAAAGUACUGUUAUCGCCAUCGGCCAGACUCGAAAUGUAGGAGGACGGCAGACGAACCUACGAUGGAGAACUUGCAGAGGGUAUGUUGAGAGAUGGAUUAUGGAAUGGAUGAGGACAUAGCUGACUGUUAAUAGGAACUGGAGACCUUAUCUCAAGGAGAUCAACAGGGCAUUUCGCACGUCUGGUCAUUGUUCUCUGCUGCACCCGCGAAACACAGAAACCUCAUGCUUCAGGGUAUCCUGACGCAAUGCUGCUUCCCUCAACUAUCAUACCUCUCCACCGCUGUACGAGACCUUAUUCGAAUCGACUUCGUCGCCGCUCUUCCCUCCGAGAUAUCGUUCAAGAUUCUGUGCUAUCUGGAUACGACAUCGUUGUGUAAGGCGGCGCAGGUCAGCCAGAAGUGGAGGAUACUAGCAGACGACGAUGUUGUCUGGCACAAGAUGUGCGAGCAACAUAUCGAUCGGAAGUGUAUCAAAUGUGGUUGGGGAUUGCCAUUACUGGAGAGGAAGAGAUUGAGAGAUUGGAAGCGCCAACAACAAUUACGUGCGACCGGUAGAGGGCUGAAUGAAUGGUCACCUAACCUCACACCAAUACCUGAUGAAAGUGGAAGUCUGGAGCUGGUAAAGGCUCCAUCGCUAAGUGGAUCGACAAAGAGAGAUUGCACUGCCUUCCAAUCCGACUUGUUAGCUACAUCACCUGAAGCGAGCAAACGGCAAAGAAUGAACCCGGAAGAUUCAUACUUCGGCAAGCGGAAAUUCCGGCCAUGGAAGGAUGUGUACAAGGACCGAUUCAAGGUCGGGACGAAUUGGAAGUACGGCAGGUGUUCGACCAAGAUCUUCAGAGGCCAUACGAACGGUGUCAUGUGUCUACAAUUCGACGAUAAUAUUCUCGCCACUGGAUCCUACGACUCAACUAUCAAGAUUUGGGAUAUCGAGACCGGAGAAUGUUUACGCACACUUCGAGGCCAUACUUCUGGAAUUCGGGCCUUACAGUUCGACGAUAUGAAGCUGAUCAGUGGGAGUCUGGAUAAGACUUUGAAGGUGUGGAAUUGGCGAACAGGAGAAUGCAUGUCUACCUACCGAGGCCAUACAGAAGGAGCGAUAGCAGUCAACUUUGAAGGUAACAUCCUGGCUUCGGGUUCCGUGGACAAAAGUGUCAAAAUCUGGAAUUUCGAGGACAAAUCUACUUUCUGUCUUCGAGGACACAAGGAUUGGGUCAACGCUGUCAGAGUAGACUCCGCAUCUCGAACCGUCUUCUCCGCUUCCGACGACUGUACAAUCCGAUUAUGGGAUCUCGAUACCCGGAAAACAAUUCGGAUCUUCGAGGCACAUGUAGGACAAGUACAACAAAUCACCCUCCUACCUCCUGAAUACGAACCCGAAGACCUCGACGGCGAAGACGACGACGGAACAAGCAGUACAGCAAGCUCAACCGAUCUCCACUCCCUUCUCUCACAAACCGAACAACCAUAUGGCGACGACUGGCCUAGCGGUCGUCCUCACCCACCCCGUUACAUGGUCACUGGUGCAUUGGACUCCACCGUCCGCCUCUGGGACGUGUCCACAGGCCGCUGCCUCAAAACCAUGUUCGGCCACGUUGAAGGUGUCUGGGCCGUCGCAGCCGAUACCCUCCGCGUCGUCUCUGGCGCCGAAGACCGCAUGGUCAAAGUCUGGGACGCGAGGACAGGGAAAUGCGAGAAGACUUUCUCGGGCCAUGCUGGGCCCGUAACGUGUAUUGGGCUUAGCGAUAGUAAGAUGGUGACGGGGAGUGAGGACUGCGAGGUUAGGCUGUAUAGCUUUAAGAUGGAUGAGAGUGAGAUGCCGGAUCCGGAUGUGGUUGUUGCGCAUACACAUACGCCUUCGCAGUAGAGGGAUGAGAUGCCGUGGUGCACUCCUCACUCUACCUCUUUGAUUUUUGAUGCGGUUCUGGGAGCAUGCAUUCGUGUGUGCGUUUGCGUUUGCGUUCUAUUUAUUGCUGAAUGGAUAAAUAUAUCAGGACCGGCGCAUAAAAUGGAAAGAGGCGGACUCGCCUCAAGGCAUUAACAGUACAGCGAUGAACAAGCGUUUUGUUUUCACUUCUUUUGAUUUGGUUUGAGUUUGGGUUUCAGUUUCGAUACCUUGACUGCAUCGCAUGGGUCUGCUCUGCUUCACUGGCGAUAAUGAUAUGGGAAGGAAGAGAUUAAAGAUAUGGGAAUCGGGAUCUGAAUCUGGGAUCAGAGUACGGCGUUUCUGGGACGAUGGAUGGAUUUUCCAUUCUGAGGCAUGAAUAAGCCUGGGCAUCGGCAAGACGGAAGGGCGCACUGCGCUUCUCUAUUUACAUAGGAUAGGAUAUGGAAGUCAUAAUUCAUCCAGCUAAUUCUAUUUCAUUAUACAUGUCGUCUCCGUUCAGGUAGUACAUCGUCAUCUCAAUGGUCUCAAAGUGCCAAUCACAAUUUCUUCCUUCUUCCUCUCCCACGCGAAGCCCAAAACAUUAGGUAAACAAAACAAAUCCAUCUCGCUUAAUCUCAAGAUCUCAAUCCGCCCAUUCCAUCCGUCUACUCGGAGCGAGAUGAUUAUUCCUGCCAAUGUGUUUGGUGCAGUACCUUCUCGAAGUUGGAGAAUGAAGACUUCCCACCAUUUUUUUUUUUUUUUUUUUUUUUUUGGUCGGGGACUGGUUCUACCCACGAAAAGGUAAAUAGAUUGGCUUUCUGUGAAGAUGCGUUUGGAUUUGAGUUUUUGGUCUGUAGAAUUAUUUUUUCUGUUCGUUUCGUCGGUAGAUGUAUGUUUUGGGACACAUAAAAGGUUUUUCUAUUUAAUAUAUUAAUGUGAAUUCUAGGGCUUGGCUUGGCUUGGCUUGGCUUGCGGAAAUUGAUUUGUGUUUGGUCUGAUUUGGAACUGGAUACGGUGUCACAG